AUGGCUCAAACUCGAAGUAAUCGUCAGACCCUUUCCCGGGGUGCCGAAUCACCUCGACGAGAGACCCUCGCUCGAGCGGAAGAACAACAUCCAUCUGCUCAUGAGGGCCAACUACCCCUCACCCAUGGGGGCCAUCCGCCCCUCACCCAUGGGGGCCAGCCAUCCCUCACUCACCAGCAGCAACCUCUUCCAGAGCCCUCUCAUCCAUUGGGGGUACAACUUCAAGUGCCGCCCCUUACUACCCCGCAUGUUCUCUCAGGACCCUACCCAGGGAUACAAGUCCCACCCGUCGUUCCUUGGGUGGAGUAUGAGGCUCUACGACAGCAACAUUCUGAAGGAAUGCAAGCCCUUCGAGAAAUGGCGGGCAUCUUGCAAAGUUUGGUUCCUCACGGGACAAUCCCAGAGAUAUUAAGAAAGUUUAUGCCAGAGACAGUUCCCUCCCACAGAGCACGUCAGGAGGUACCGGGGGAUGGCUCCUACAGAGAAGUGAGCCCGGAAAACCACGCUCAACAUGUCCAUACUCGAAACGAUCCACCAAGAUCCCCUUUUAGAGGAGCUCAUAGCCAAAUCUCUCAACAACGAGAAAAACGAGGAGCAACUGAUCAUCGAAAGACUGAAAGGCGAAGCCCACAGAGAGGAAGAUACUCUGAAACGGUAGCCAGCACCCCUAUGGAAAAAGAUCGGGAUUCUAGACAGAGAGAUGGACUUGAUGACAACCCUACCGCAUUUAGUGCACGAGAGACAGCCGACAUGAAAAAAAUGAUAGAGCGGGUACUACAACAGAAUAAGUUAUUACUUGCUCCCGAGGAACAAUCCCGAGGAAAGCUACCAUUCGUGGCAGAAGUAAUGGAGAAGCCUUUGCCGAGAAAGUUCAAAAUGCCUUAG